AUGGGCAUCGCCAGUCAGGCGGCGGUUUCGGAUACGGGCCAAACAGCAUCCACCGUCGCUGCUGAUGACUUGCACCUCCUCGCCCGUUCACCGCACGAUGGCCUGAAACAGUCCUCGUGCUUUGACUCCACCACUGUCCUUCCCUCACUGCCCGCCGUGCCCCUCGAGACAUGUCCAGCAACGACACCUCUCCCCGACGACUUCGCCCACUACUCCAGCAUGAAUCUGAUCGUAGGCGGCGCUCUUGCUCCUGUCCGCUCCAGCCCACCGCGACAAAGCCACCCCCGACCGCACCCAGGCCUGAGGCUUCCGUCCUUUGAAGCCCUCGGAAUCGCAGCACCGCAUCCUGAUCGCUUCGGCCGGCUUGCUUUCAACUUGAACGCUAUGAACGGGGCGGCAGCAGAGUCUGUCGCCUCUAACAACUCCGACUUCGAUCUCCUGUCAGCGUUCAAUGCCACUCAGAUAUCGCCCAUGCGACUCAGACAUCCACUCGACGCUAAGAUCGUGCUUGGUAGCAGCCGCACCAUAGCAACGCCUAUUAGACACGAUGUCGCAACUCUGACUCCGCCAGCCGAGACUGGUGAGAUUCAGCAGAACCCUAUCGCAGCGGCAUUCAUCUCUCAUGCGACCAUGGACUCGCCUGCCCCUGAACCUGGAAACUCAGGCUCACACUCGCCCCGCGAGACUGAACAGAGCCCCGUACAGUUACCUCCCGGCUCUCACGAGGAGGAUCCAACAACGCCAAGACCGUGGAUCGCUGGUGCGUUGGAUGUAGUGCUGGCGAACCUACGUUCAGCAGCCAGCCCUGGCAGCGCUCUGAAAGUGCUCUCUCAUGCCCUACCUAGCCCAUCUCCGAAUGGACAUGUUUAUACCUCCAUUGUUGGAGCCAUCCAUUCUUCAACACCUGCGCAACCAACCGUGUGGAUCAACCUCUUCCACGCCAUCCAGGGACGCUUUAAUCUGGCAGAUCUUCCAAACUCACCGCCAAGUACGCCAGGUCCACCAAUUGGAGGAGACGACUACUUCACUCAAAAGGUCUUCGACUCGGCUGUAUCGAUAUCGGACUACUCAGAAGAUCUCUCCUCCCUACCGCGCUCACCCCGCCCUAUUGUGCCGCCAUCCUCGAUCGAUGUGUCGGUGGUAGAGCGAUACAUCCCACCGACAAGCUCGAACGAGUUUGCAAACAUGUUCAAUCCGAAUGGACCGUCGAUACUGGUGGAUAGGCUUGUGGAGCUAUCACCAAACAAUGGCAGUUUGGUAUUCAUCUAUCCAACACGAAGAGGCGCGGAGACGUUCAUGCGAGAGUAUCUUGGGCCCAUACUUGAACCCUUGCUUCGAAGCCUUCUUGUGGUGAACAAUCUCUCUUCAGAACUCGGUACACGAUUAGGGACGAUGGCAGCAGCCGGAAGCCUGCCGGACUACGACCAACUACAUCGUUCGAUGUCCAGCUUGUGCAGCAAACUGACGCAACGAAGCACAACGAUGCAGCGAUUCCACGACCACAAAGCCUCCUUCUCCCUCGUCCAUGCAUCGAAAGAGGAAGUGCACAUUGAUCGAGAGACAUGGCUGAAGGAGUGGUGGGUGAAGCAGGAGAAGCCGCGCAUACGCGAAGCCAUGACAAAGUAUAUCAGGGAGGCCCAGAAGAAGAGUAGUAACCAGGAUGUCGAGAGGGCGGUCACGUCGACAGAGCUCAUACAACAGCUCUUAGACGGCGUCAGCAAGAGACCAUACCCUUCAACGCAGGACGCUCUCAGGGGGAUCGAGGUCAGCGUUUUUGUGAUUAAGCGUUCCAGCUAG